AUGGGCUCCCUCCACGAUUCCCGUAUACACAAGUGGUUUGCGACGUCGCCGCCCGUCGCAUGGACAGUCAGGCAGCUACGAGAGCUCCUCAUUGGGUCGCUGAAGCAAGGCCCCAUUCCGCAACAUGUUGCGUUCGUCAUGGAUGGUAACAGGCGAUUUGCGCGAAACCACCAUAUUGAGACAGUCGAAGGACACAAUCUCGGGUUUGAGUCGUUAGCAAGGAUCCUCGAAGUCUGCUACAAAACUGGCGUCAAGGUUGUCACCAUCUAUGCAUUCAGCAUAGAGAACUUCAAGCGCUCGAAGCAUGAAGUUGAUGCGCUCAUGUCUAUGGCAAAGGUGAAGCUGCAACAACUGGCUGAGCACGGAGCUCUGCUGGAUCGCUAUGGUGCAUCCGUCCGAGUGCUGGGGCAGCGCGAGCUCAUCAGCCCAGACGUACUGGUGGCUGUGGACAAGGCUGUUGCCAUGACAGCACACAAUAAGAAAGCUGUGCUCAACGUCUGUUUCCCCUACACGUCACGGCACGAAAUCACGACCGCGGUCAUGAAGACUGUCGAGACGUACAGCACGCCGAUACACAACCUGCCUACCCCCUCUAAGCGAACCUUUUCCGAAUCGCACAUAACCCAGACUAUUCGCAAGCAAAUGUUGGAGGAGGACACGGAAGGUAUAGUGGAACAGUCUGACUCGCGGCCGGCGUCGCCCUCGUCCAAGGAAGCGACUGCGGCUGACGAUGGGCGUUCCUCGUCAACUUCGACCGCCAUCAACUCGCCUGAGAAGGAUGACUUGCAUAAUGGGCCGACAUUUCUGGAUCCAGAGUCAAUUAGUGCUCAAACUUUAAACGACAACAUGAUGACGGCUGACGCCCCGCCCCUCGACCUGCUUGUUCGUACCUCUGGCGUUGAGCGGCUGAGCGACUUCAUGCUCUGGCAAGCACACGAGAACACUUCUAUCGUGUUUCUCAAGUGUCUGUGGCCCGAGUUCGAUCUGUGGCAGUUUUUGCCUGUGCUUGUAGAAUGGCAGUGGCAGCAGAAGAAGCUGCAGGAGGAGCAGCAGCGGACUCGUGGGCGACCCAAGUCAGACUGA